CGACAAUAUUUUGCAAGUUUUUAACAUAAAAAGUUGUGCAAAAUGAGUACAAAAGUGAAGCUAAAAGAAGUGUACGAGCUCAAACAACAGUACAAAGCGUUUUACACCGGUGGCACAGUUGCGUGGAGCCCGGAUGGUAAGCAAUUUAUGUGCCAAAACCAAGGCACCAUAAGCAUCGUAUCGAUCGACAAUCUGCACGAACCGAUCACGCUCGGCGAACAGCAAACGGAUAGUGAAAUUGUGGAGGAUGUCAUCUUUACCUUUGCCAUCAGCAACAAGGGCACGAGCAUCGUAUCCGCCCAUCGGUCCGGUUUGCUUAAGCUGUGGAACGGUGAAACACCGACAGUUCAGAAGAUGUGGAAAACCAUGCACCAGGGACCAAUCUCGCGGUUGGUUUUUAAUCCAUCCGACAGUGUAAUUGCGAGCGGUGGUACUGAUUCGACCAUCCGGCUUUGGGAUCCGAACGAGCAGGUUUGUCUCGGUACGGUACGCGGUUGUGAAGGGAUGAUCAACGUGAUUGUGUUCCACCCGGACGAGGAGAGCAAAACUUUGGUAGCGGUUGGUGAUGGUACGAAGAUACACGCCUGGAACUAUGAAUCGCGCAAGCUGAUUAAAACGUUUGAAGGACACUUUUCGCGGGUGACGGGUGUGUCGUUUUCACCCGACCGUACGCACAUCGUUUCGUCCGGAAGGGAUAAAAUUCUCAUCUUAUGGAACUUUGAAACUCAGCAAGCGGUUAAAACGAUUCCAGUUUACGAAUCGCUUGAAUCUGUUAUUGUGUUACCGACUGGUAUAACGAUCGGAGGAGUUAAGCUGAAGCAAAACAAGGUUUAUGCGGCGUGCGGUGGGGAAGAAGGCGUGGUGAAGGUAUGGGAAAUGACCGGAGCAAAGAUAGUCUACAAGCAAUGGAACAGUCUGGUAGCGAAAGCAUCGGAGGAAGGUGGCCUAGCGAUAACGCAUCUAUUCUACAGCGAAUCCCUCGGUCGGAUGGCCAUUGUAUCGGCCGACCAUAACAUUCUGGUGCAUGAAUGCGAAAGCUUCGACUGUGCUCACCAGCUGUCUGGGUUUAGCGAUGAAAUUCUUGAUUUAAUUCUGGUCGGCAAGCAAGACCGUUACCUAGCGAUGGCCACCAACAGUAAUGACUUUAAGGUGUACGACGUUAACACGAUGAACUGUCAGCUGGUAAAGGGUCACACGGACAUUGUAAUGUCACUGGCCGCUAACGAUCGAUAUCUACUUUCGUCGUCGAAAGAUCAUUCGAUCCGGUUGUGGAGUUUCAGCGAAGAGCCCUUCACCAUUCAGUGUGUUGCAAUCGGGCUGAAGCACACGAACACGGUCGGAUGUGUUACGCUGAGCAAGCAUUCGGGAAGUUUGUGUGCUAGCGUUAGCCAGGACCGUUGCUUGAAGACGUGGAAGAUCCCGAAAAAGUUUAAAGAGGAAACAGAGAACGAGCUGCCCCGGUUGCAGUGUUCUCUGACCGAGUUGGCUCACGAGAAGGACAUCAAUUGCGUGUGCAUUUCACCAAACGAUCGAUUAAUAGCGACGGGUUCGCAGGAUAAAACAGCAAAACUAUGGGAUGCCAGUGAUCUAAGUGUUGUAGGCGUUUUCCGAGGCCAUACACGUGGAAUCUGGGCGGUACGGUUUUCACCUGUAGAUCAAAUCCUGCUCACCAAUGCAGCCGAUUGUUGCAUCAAGCUUUGGUCACUGGAAGAUAUGACCUGCCUAAAAACGUUCGAAGGACACGAUAGUUCUGUACUGCGGGUUGAAUUUCUUUCCAAUGGUAUGCAACUACUGUCGGCCGGUGCGGACGGAUUGCUAAAACUAUGGUCGAUCAAAACUUCCGAAUGUCUGCAAACGUUGGAUCGACACGAGAACCGUAUCUGGGCGUUGUGUGUGACACGGGAUGAAAGUGUCUUCUACAGUGGAGGUUCCGAUUCGCAGCUCAUCCAGUGGUACGAUGUAACGGACAUUAAACGACAGCAGCAAUUGGACCAGCGCAAGGAAACGCUACUCCAGGAACAGGAGCUUAAAAAUUUGCUAAGCGAGCGAAAGCUGCUGAAAGCGUUACGUCUAUCGUUGAACCUCGAUCGACCACUGAGCACGUUAAAAAUCGUAAACGAAGUCAUCAAAACGCAAGAGCAAGGUCUGGACGAUACGGUGCGCAAACUUUCCAACGAUCAUAAAGAACGUCUUCUAAAACACGCGAUCGAAUGGAACACGAAUAGCAAAAAUUGUCGACCCGCGCAACUAGCGCUGCAAGUGCUACUGCAGGAAACACUGGCCGGACGGUUUCAGGUGAGUGAGCUCAACAAACAUCUGGAGGCAUCGCUUCCGUAUACCGAGCGACACUUUAAGCGGCUGACCGAGUACAUGAAGGACCUAAAGUUUGUCGAGUACUCGCUGCACUGUAUGCAACCGCAUGCGACCAAGAUGGAUUAAAUGCAAGAGUUAAAUUUAAAAAAGAAAUAAAGGAUA